AUGGACGGUAACGUGUAUUCUGCCGCUGUGGAUGUGGCCUUUCGUGGCGCCGCGGUAUCGGUGGGCGUGCUCCGCGAUAGCCUGCACUAUGCCAAAGAUGCGGAGCGGCUGGUUCUAAAUCUUGAGCUCGAGAGAUUUCGGUUACAUAUUUGGGGAGAGAAUUGUGGCCUGGUGCCAGCAGACGACAAACAGGAGACUGUAUUGCACCCGAGACUGGUCCCGAUAGGCGCUGUGCUGGGCUGCAUGCUGGACGAGAUACGGCAUCUGAUGCAGGAUGCUGAUAAGCUUGCUGAGCGAUAUGGGCUGUGCGAAACAGAUCAGGAUGCUACCAAGUCGCAGCAGAUUGAAGCGCUGGUGCAAAAGAUGGCAGCUUCGGUUAAGGCGACAACUACCAAACACAAUGGGAAGAGGGAUCUGGUGAUAUCGGAGGCAAAGACAAAGACGGCCUCGCCUACAAAGAGGCUGCGAUGGGCGAUUCAGGACGUCAAAAAGUUUAAUGGACUCGUGGUCGAUCUGGCAAACCGCAUCAACAAGCUUAAUCAGCUGUUGACCGAGUCGCAGCAAGCCAAGCUGCAGCAGGACCAGGAGCGCAUCAGCAUCGUGAUGGUGGAGAAUAUCAAGGACAUGUCGUCGUUGGAGCUUCUACUGGCUGCUGCCAAAUCUAGCAAAAGCAACGACAUUGGCUCAUCUGCUACGCAAACACGUAUCGAGAACAAGUCGCUCUCGCUCGAAGUAAAUCUCCCCGUCAUUCCACAGCCGCUGCCCCCUCCGCCGGCCUUUUCGCAGUACACCCUGCCAGCAGACUACCAGAACAAGAAGCGAUUCAUUGCGACAAAAGACAACCAGCCGUAUCUUUUUGAAGCAAAGACGUUUGAUCCGCACAUUAGCCCCGAGAUUAAGAAACUGCUGAAUGCCCGGCUGCAGCGUCUUGUGAUGCUGCUAUCAAAACCGAAGACGGCGGGCUUUUAUACGCCCGAGGCGGUUGGGUGCAUCCACGAUCCGUCGUCAAGUUGCUGGUGGAUGGUGUUUCGGUUGCGCGGUUCUACAGCUUCGUCUACGGCUGUGUCUACCGAAGAUGAAAAAGUACCAGUCUCGCUACACGACUUGCUCACCAAGUCCAAACUCAAGCCUGCCCUCGAAGACCGCUACAGACUCGCCAGCAGGCUCUGCUCGACCCUCUUCGAGCUCUACUCCAGUAGCUGGCUGCACAAGGGCGUGCGCAGCGCCAACGUACUCUUUGACUCAGCCAUCAGCACAUCAAUCAACCAAAAGUCCACCGUCCUAGACAGCCUGAUUCUCUGCGGCUUCGACUUUGCGCGCCAAGAGAGCGAGAUGAGCUCCGUCACCACCGCCGCAUCGUCCAAGGACGUCGAGGCCGCCAUGUAUCGCCACCCGCGGUACCAGGGCACCGAGCAGCGGUACCGCAUCGAGUACGACAUGUAUUCGCUGGGCCUGGUGCUCGUUGAGAUUGCGCUCUGGGUGCCGCUCAGCUCGUUCCUGCUGGCGACAAACAAUAAAAAUCGAGUAGAUUCCCCCGACAGACGGCUACUGCGGUCGCCGGCCAUGGACGUGUUUGGUGAGGAGCAGGCAAAGACGCUGCGGAAGCAUGUGUUUCGGCGGCUGGAGAGCGAGUUUGCGUUUCGGGUGGGAACGGCGUAUAUGGAGGCCACGCGGUUCUGCCUGGAGUUUGGCGAGCGGGAGGUGGGUGAGGAGGAGAGACAUCCGGCAUUGGAGUUUUACAAUUGUGUGGUGGUGCCGCUGUCGAGGCUAGCCGAGGUAAAGUCGUAA